CGGUCUGGCCACUUUCCUUCUCCACUUACUGGCUUAUUAAAGGGUUAUAAGCGAAGUAUGUUUGUGGUACAUAAAAAAAAGGCGAAGUCGAAUAGCACAUUGCAUACGAGUCCAAACAAACAAACAAACAAACAAACUGCGGGAACUGAUGAGCACACUUGUGGAAACAGGACCGAGUUGACAGACGGACUGACGCAUGCGCAGUGCUAACCGAUUAAAAACCCCGCAUGCGCAGGAGAUGUCGUAAAUAAAAACACGUUUUGGAGGAAAACAGAGGAAAAUGAGCUGAUAAUUUGUGCGGAUUUGAGCAGGACGGCGUGCUGCCAGGUGUCUCAGUGGCUGGAGUCUGACGGUGUGUCCCAGAAUGUAGUUUAAUGUGUUUGGCAGGUGUCCUAUAUGAGGAAGGUUGCCAUGGAAAUUGUGUUUGAGAAGACAGUGGGGAACGAGGUUGAUGCUGAACUGGAGCUACAGCAAGUUGUGAACGCUAUUACGCAACGGACUCAAGGCACCUGUAUUGUUCCAAAGCAUUACAACCUUCAAGAGGAUUCCAGUGAGGAGGAUGAUCUCACCCCAGGACACACUCUUCAGGAAGGCUCCGGAGAUUGUAUGUGCUGUGUGUGUGGUGAAACUUUCGCUUUCCUCAACAACCUUAUUGAGCACUUCAGUGUGCACAAAGAUGAGGUGCGCUGUCACUUGUGUCAGGUGACGUUCACUCGCGUAAUCUCAUUGGCUUUGCACCUGGAAAAUGCCCAUCCUAAGUACCAUCUUUACUGUAAAAGCUGCAAAAUCAGUUUUCUUAAUACGUGGCAUAUGAACCAACACAUGGAAAAACAUCUUGAAAUGUUUCAAAACUGCAAAGUUGAGGAACCUGACGAUCUGAUGUCAUCUUGCUCAAUGAAACAUAAGUCUGUGGAUGAGGAUGUGGAGGAGGUCGUCAUUGAGAAAGAGGAGGUGGAAAUAAUGUACUUGAAGGAGGAAGAGGAAGAGAAGGAGGUUGUAUUGAGGAAGAUGCAGGAGACAAAGGAAGAUGACAGUGAGGCUAACCUUUGGGAGUGUGCACCUAUUGAGGAAGAUAUAAUAAAGGAAGAAGAUGAGGAAAAUGUUGAGAUCAAGGAGGAAAGUGACUCUUCUCUCUUAGAUGAUUCAGUAUACUCCCCUGCGAGGUAUCUGAACUUGGAUUCAGAUACAGAUGCAGCAUUUUGCAUGUCCUCAGACAGCAAUAGCGACGCCCCAGUGAAUGGUUUGCCAAGAUUACUUCGCAAAUCACAGGGUUUAAGGACCAGGAGCAUCCAACAGAGGCAGACUUGUACAAACACUAAUGAGAAGCCAAGGGAGACGAAGGAAACCAGCACUACAAAGACCACAGAGGAGGAUCAAAUAGCGUACACAAUCUUGAGGGAUCAUAAUUACUUUUGCACACACAGCCUCGGAAAUCCCUGUGGUUCAGAUCAAGCACCUGCAUACAACACUCGCAGUUCUGCCAGGUUCAAUACAGACAGUGCUAAAAACAUUAGCAACGCAACUUUACAUGCAUUUAAUAAUGAAGAAGACACUAUGGAUUGUAAGGACGACCAGCAGGAGAAGGUUGAAGUUGUGGUGCUUCGCACUAUGCCACGGAGAGAGGACACAAAUCAUAAAGGUAGAGCCAUAUUGCAGGCAACAUAUGAAAAGGUGUUCAAAAUCCAAAAGCUGGGGAAUAUGCCCAGUAACACAGAACAAGAACCCCCUCGCAGGUCCUCAGUUUCUUCCUCUACCUCAGCUGCAUUGGAGCUGGCGCAGCUGGAGCUUGACAUCAAGGUGGAGGAUGACAGUGAGGAUAACCUUUGGGAGUGUGCGCCCAUUGAGGAGGAUAUUCUAAAGGAAGAGGAUGAGGAAAAUGUUGAAAUCAAGGAAGAAAGUGACUCUUCGCUUCUAGAUGAUUCAGUAUAUUCCCCAGAGAAAGAUAUGAACUCUGAUUCAGAUUCAGAUGCAGCAUCUUGCAUAACCUCAGACAACAAUGUCACUGUCCCAACGAAUAUUUUACAAAGAUUACUUGGCAAAUCAAAAGGUUUAAGGACCAGGAAUGCCCAACAGAGACAAACUUUUACAAACACUAAUGAGAAGCCAGUCAGUUCUGUAGAAGUCAUUGUAGGUCCUGAACUUGGCUCAUCUAAUGAGAAACUACUCAGUUCUGGAAACGUCAGUACAGGUCCUGAACCCAACACAUCUAUUGAGAAACCAUUUGGUUCUUUUAAAGUCGUUGCAGGUUCUGAACCCAGCACAUCUACUGAGAAACCACUCAGUUCUGUGAAAUUCAUUGCAGGUCCAGAACCCAGUUCAAUUAAAGGCUCUCAGAUUUGUAGUUUGUUCACAUGUUACAUGUGCGGGGUAACAUGUGGGAGUGAUCAGUUGCUGCAGAAACAUCAGGCUGAGAUCCACCCCUUAACGAAGUAUGUCUGCUCAGCCUGCCUCUUAGUGUUUCCCAACCAGACCUCUUUCACAAAGCAUGCUUGUUGUACCAGGGUGCCCAGCGGCCAGAUCCCUACUCCGGCCAAGAUUGCAAACACGGUCAAAAGUCCCUCGACGAUGAUUCUAAAAUUUGUGCCUUCACCUGCUGUUGGAGUGCCUUCUAAGCAACCCCUCAACAAUGGCUGUAGUCAGGCCGUUUCCUCCCUGAAUGUCAUCUACUCCAACAACCUCAUUAACGUUGUUGACACAUCGCAGAAACAUGGCACCUUGUCUGCUUCCACGAUACCUGUGUUGCCUGACAAGCCAUCCUAUACCCAAACAGCUCCAGUGCAGGUGAGUGCCACUAUGAUGUUAAACAGUGAACAGAAGGUGAAGAGUUUGGUUUUAAAGGGGCAGGACCCUGCAAGUUCUUUUACUACUUCUACUCAGGACAAGACUGGACCAGUGCAGGUGUUGAUCCCUGCUUCCUCUUCAGCCAGCAUGAAGCCAAGAGAAGUUGUUUUACAAGGCGUUGUCCUGCCUCAGCAACGCCCAGUUCGUGUUCCUGUCUGUACAUCCUCACCUGUAUCUCUCUCGGCAUCUAAUCAGUCCAAGGUUGCUCUCCGUAUCCCUACAUAUCCCACUACUUCUACAAACGUUACUGUAUCUUUCUCCCCUACGCCUGUCCAGUUUCCUACACCUGCACUUGUUUCGGCUAGCAGUAUGAAGACACUACCUCUUUCUACAAGCCAGAGACUUCCAGGAAAUGUCAGACCUGUCACAGUCCCUUUAACCCAGUCUGUUCCUGCUCCUGUCGCUAGUGCAGCAUCCACCCAAGCCCAUGUCAUGGCCCCCAUACAAUCCAGUAUUAACCUUGAGGGAUCAUGCAGCACCUCUUCCCCAGUCCAAGUCCCCCCAUCUUCUGAAAACCACGUAAAGAUAGUUGCCAUGUUUGUUAAUCAAAGCCAGGAGCUGGUGAUUCAGAAGCGUCUACGGCAGAGCUGGCACUCCAAGACCAUCUUCCCGUGCCGUCACUGUGGUGCCAUUGCCAGACAGCCUUCACUGGGCAUCCGGCACCGCUAUCAGCACCGGGGGCCACGCUUGCAUAGGUGCCAGUGUGGAAGGACCUUCCAGCGGCAGCUGCAUUUGCUGCGUCAUCAGGUGCAGCAUGCCGAAGCCAUGCGGUAUGUGUGUGCAGCUUGUGGACAAACAUUCCAAGGGACUCAUCAUUUGGCCAGCCACAAGCGGAAGGUGUUCUUUAGGUUUAGGCCAUCAGACAUGAAAAAGGGUACCAGACGAGAAUGCAGGAACGUGUUUCAUUGUGACUGUGGACAGGCUUUUGCGAGAUCUUCUGCCUUACUGUGGCAUAUGCUUAAAAACUCCAAAUCCAGCAAACGCUUUAAAAAAUUGUUGCUGAUUUAGCCACCUAGCUAAACAUGGAUUUUCAGGGAUGUUUAUUUAGUAAAAGGACAUUAAAGUAGUGAAAGGCCUACUGAGCACUGCAACUGUUUUUUCUGUUGGAUUAAGACUAACUAGAUAUUUUGUUUGAAGAGUUAAUGCUGUGAUAUAUAGACCUAGAUUUGUAUGAUCAUAUUGGUGGUGGGUCUGACUCAUGUAUUACUCUGAAAUUAAAACAGGUUUUUAAACAAAA